AUGGAAAAAACCACCGUAUCAUCUCACCCUCUCGAGGUGUUCGACAUGAUCGCCAUUCAUCUCGAUCCAAAAGAACUGGUUGCCUGUGUCCAAGUCAAUCACGAUUGGUCCCGCACUUUCGCCCGGCAUCUCUGGCGAGAAGUCCGCAUCCGUCCCCUUUACGAAUGUCCCAACAGCUUGCACACGCUGAAAAAGUACGGCCACUUUGUUCAGGCCAUUACGUGUGAGAACUAUGAGAUGGUCGAGUUGUUGGCUACCCAUAUUCAAGCUUGCACCAAUCUACUGGAGCUCAAGAUUCUGGAAGGCAGAUGCCCCUAUGACAAUGACCUCUCGACGUCAUCUCAGAACGCACCAGCUGCCCUGGACUUGGAACCAUUCAUUACUAUUCUUCAGCACGCUGUUCAUCUCCGGAGCCUCACGCUGGACGGCGCUCUUCUGGACGAGAAGAAUCCGAACCUUGGGCGAGUGUUCGAUUGUAUCCCAGAGAGCCUCAAGAUUCUGGAGCUAGGUGGAUGGGACCCUAUCAAUAAGGACCGAUCUUACCACUUGGAGGACGACAGUCAGCAGCUGGUGCAGACUGACGACAACGACACCGAAUCCGACGCCACAGGCCUGUUGACACCGCUUCCUCAUCUCGAGAAACUUGUCUUCAGAAAUUAUGCGAUCGACUAUAACAAGCAGACCCUACGCCGGCUCCUGAAGCGAUGCCCCAACGUCGAGACCAUCCGUCUCGAAGACAUGUCGACGGUUUAUCAUUUCCGGUUCUUUUCAUCCCUUCUUUUCCGCCACUGCCCCAAGGUUGUCCACUUGCACUUGUUGGAGUGGUACGGCUCCUUCGAUGGUGACUUGGCUGCACUCCUAGAUGCCAGUCAAGCAGGUUGGAGAACGCUAGGCUUUCCUCGGUCACGGAGCAACUCUGGUGUGUUCGGGCCCCUUUCCUCCGCCGCGCUGCUCAGGAAUGCCCCUACCUUGGAGAAUGUCCGUCUCGACAGUGCUUACGACGUCUCCAGUUCGACGGUCCAAAAACUCUUCAGUGCGGCACCCAACCUCAAGCGAUUCGAUGCCAUUGCCCGCGACCGAUCGCACACAUGCGAUUGCCAGCUGGACGCCCGAGAUAUUGUCGGUGGCUCAGAUUGGGUCUGCACCUCUCUCGAGUCCCUCAAAAUCCGAAUUGGCGGUAUCCCACGCCCGGACAUUCUCGCAAGAAGUAACUUGCGCCCGUUUGACGACGAUGACGAACUCCAUAAGGGAACCAUGGAAGACAGCCGCAGGAUCCAGCGCCGGGUGUACUCCCAGCUUGGCCGGCUUACUAAACUCAAGCAGCUAGUCUUGGGGCAUGACGACGUCGAAUGCAAUAACGAAUGUAUGGAUCGAGAGUCAUAUACUGAAGGCGAGUAUUACGACCGAGAUUAUUACGAGGUCGAUUAUUUCGACCGAGAUUAUUAUGAGGUCCAGAACGGACUCCAGCAUGAGUGUCUCGAGAUGACGGUGGAGAGUGGGGUGGAACUUUUGAAGGAUUUGAGUGUAUUGAAGGUACUCGAGCUCGAGGCGAGGGCACACGGGAAAGUAUCCAGCGAGUAUAAUGAAAGAGAAUAUGCGUGGAAAAAUGAAUUUGAGGCAAAACUUGAUACCCGCUACCAGGACCACUUUUGGACUCGGCUUGGUUACCUUCCUUACUACUAG